AUGUCCGAAUAUCCAACCUACGAAACCCAAAAAGAAUGGCGCGAAAUCCAAUCCUACCUCCCUCAACGUCUACACUUUACACCCGCCCACUCUCCCACUGGAGAAGUAUGGCAUCACGACGGUCACGCCCUCCAUCUCGACCGCUGGCCCAACCCUUCCGCGAGGGUCCGUCUCAUCAUGCAUCAUGGAAUGGGCACAAACGGCCGGAUGAUGUCCAUGCUCCUAGGCGUACCGCUUCACUCCGCCGGUUUUGAACUCGUCGCCAUUGAUAUGCCUGGCUACGGCUGCACUGUCCCCAGGAAGGGGUAUGUCUGGGAUUUUAAUGAUUGGGUUAAAAUCUCGAGUGCGUUUGUAGAUCAUGAGUAUGAGAAUGAUAACCGGCCUAUUGUGUUGUAUGGUCUUAGUGCCGGUGGGGGAUUGACGUUUUGUUCGGCAGGUUUGAAUGGUCGAGUCAAAGGGAUUAUCGGCAUGACGUUCAUGGACAUGCGUAUCCAAGCUGUUUCCGACGCAGCAUGCCGCAACUUCUUCAUGAGUCGCAUCGGUGCCCCAAGCAGCCUUCUCAUGAACACCGUCGGCCUAGGCUGGUUCUCGCUCCCAAUGUGGCUCACCGGCCGCAUGUCAACACUCGUCAACAACGACCAAGCAUUACAAGUAUGCUACAAAGACAACAGAUCAGCAAACGCAUGGAUAACCAUGAAAUUCAUGGCCGAUUUCAUCACGUAUAAACCGGCGAAGGAACCAGCGGAGUUUGAUGUUUGUCCUAUUUUGUUGACGCAGCCUGCUGAGGAUCGAUGGACGCCUUUGUGGGUGUCGGAUAUGUUUUUGAAGGAUGUUACGAAGGUUAGUGUUAAGAAGAUUAUGUUGGAUGGGGCGGGACAUUAUCCGCUUGAGGAUCCUGGAUUGAUGCAGAUGAGUGAGGCGAUUGUUGCUUUUCUCAAGGAUAUCGAGGACAAGGCUGUCUGA